AAGAGAUCAACAGCCACAAGACAAAACAACCAAAUCAGACAGUCCAUUGGCGACUUACACUACAAAAUGGCUUCAAACCAUGUCGCAAUCAUCGGUGCCGGAAUUUCAGGUCUCACACUGGCACUUUCUCUACACAAGCAAUCCAUCCCAAGCACCAUCUACGAAGCACGCUCAGCCUCCCUCGAUAUCGGCGGCGCCAUAAUGCUCUCCCCCAACGCCUUGCGUAUCCUCGACGCGCUCGACAUCUACCAGAAAAUCAAGCAUCGUGGUUUUGAGUUCACCAAUCUACACUUCUAUACCGACAAGCCCCUCGAUACCUACGAGUUCGGAGACCGGGAGAAAUACCAGUACGACGCGCUGCGAAUCUACCGGCACGAGUUGAUCGAUGUACUUCUUACCGCUGUCAAAGAGAAGGGCAUUUCCAUCGAGUACGGCAAGAAAUUCACUCGUAUUCUCACCGAGUCCGAGACGGAAGUUACUUGGGAAUUUGAAGACGGCCAGAUUGGUCGAGCGGCCUGCCUGGUUGGAGCGGACGGGAUCCAUUCGCGUGUUCGAAAGUAUCUAUAUCCCGAUCUGGAGCCGCAAUUCACCAACGCCGUGGGCGUUACUGCUGCAAUUCCAACAAGUCAACUCACGGAUACGGAUGCAUAUCAAAUGCCUGUGACGAUCAUGAAUCCCAAGCAUGGCGCCUUUGUGAUCGCGAAGCAGCUCCCCGAUGGCUCCGAAGUCCUGAUCGGGAAACAGAAACGUGCUGCCCAGCUCGAUCGUGAAGGGUGGAGUCAACUAUUGAACGACAAGCAAUGGUGUGUGGACUUCUUGCGCGAGGGAGCAGAAUCUUUCCCGGAAAUCGUACAAUCGUCCGUUACUAGCAUCCCAUUGGACAAGAUCAAUCUUUGGCCGUUUUAUGUGGUCCCUAAGCUUGACACUUGGGCGUCAAAGCACUCUCGAGUGGUGAUUCUUGGUGACGCGGCACAUGCGAUUCCUCCGACAGCUGGGCAGGGUAUCAACCAGGCUUUUGAGGACGUCUAUAUCUACUCUUUGAUUCUUGCCAAGUGCCAACAGCACAAUCUGGAGCAGGGACUGAAGGUCUGGCAGAAGGGUCGCCAGGAAAGAGUUGACCGGGUUCUCGACCUCAAUGCACAGAUUGAUGCGCGGAGGAUGCCAAAGAAUUCUCAGUCUGGCCCUUUGGAUUUAGACACUAAGAAGUUUGACUUGGCGUGGCUGUAUAGUCCUAACUUUGAUGAGAUGGCAGAAAGUUGGUUGGCAGCAGUUGGUAUUGUUUAA